CUCUGUAAAACAAAAUGGCUAAUAGAACCGUGAAAGAUGCGCAGUCUGUUAGAGGAACAAAUCCUCAGUAUCUUAUUGAAAAAAUCAUCAGGUCUCGAAUAUAUGACUCAAAGUUUUGGAAAGAAGAAUGUUUUGCUUUAACAGCUGAGUUACUUGUGGAUAAGGCUAUGGAACUAAAGUACAUAGGAGGUGUUUUUGGUGGAAACAUCAAACCUACUCCAUUCCUGUGUUUGGUCCUUAAAAUGUUACAAAUUCAGCCUGAAAAGGAUAUUGUUGUUGAAUUCAUUCGUCAAGAAGAUUUUAAGUAUGUCAGAGCACUUGGAGCAUUCUAUAUGCGACUGGUAGGGACUUCUAUAGAUUCCUAUAAAUAUUUAGAACCACUGUAUAAUGAUUACCGGAAGAUUCGGCGACAAAACAGACAGGGCUCAUAUGAAGCAGUCUACAUGGAUGAGUUUAUUGAUGAAUUACUUCAUGAAGAGCGUAUUUGUGAUGUAAUUUUACCAAGAAUACAGAAACGUCAGGUUUUAGAAGAACUUAAUGAAUUAGAUCCAAGAGUUAGUGCUUUAGAUGAUGAUUUGGAUGAUGUAGAAUCAGAAGAAGAGGAAGAAGAAAAGCCAGUUCAGAAAAGCCCCACUCCAGAACAUUAUUUAGCCUCAGCACAGAAACGGGAAGAUGACAAAUCCAGAAGACAGAGCUCACCAACAAGGCAUAAAAGGAUUCGCAGUAGAUCCCCUCACAAACGAGAAAGGUCACCACGACGAAGGUCACGAGAAAGAACUGAAAGGGAAGACCGUGACCGUCGUCGACAUAGAUCUCGAGAGAGAGAUUAUCAUGUUAAAGAAAAAGAUCGAGAUUAUAGGCACCGUUCUCCAGGACAUGAAAAAAGAAGUCAUGAGAAAAAGUCAAGUCAUCGGAGUAAACACAGUCGCCGUGAAAGAGAAUCCAAAGAAAGUUUUGAAAUUGCAGAGUCUAAUGUUUUACGUGCUAAGCUUGGACUUGCUCCUUUAAGGCGAUAAUCUAUAAAGAAAUCAUUACAGUGCAUUGAACUGAAUAAGGUACUAGAAAUAAUGAAUGACACUUUAGAAACCUAAAUUUUGUUUUUAAUCCUGCAUAAACUUUUUAUAGUGUAAGAUUAUAUGUUCUCAUUGUAAUUAAAAUCACCAUCAACACUUAAUACAUCUGUUGUUCAAAAGUCAUUCCUAGUGCUUUGAAUCAUAGGAAAACUAUUACAAGUACUUGCAUACCAGCCAUACAUAGCCAAUAAUGUAUUAUACCUUGCAUUAUUUUUAAAGCCAAAAUUGUACCUUCCUACAUGAAAAUUGUUUUAUGGUUCUUACAGAUAUAAGCAACACCAAUGCUCUGGCACUGAAAAAUGUUUAAACAAUUGUAUGUUAGAUUACUUAAAAUAAAUAUGAAGUUCAAUCUAUCAUUCAAUUCA